CAUUUACAUAGAAAAGUUGGCCUUAGUCACAUUAUUCUUUUACUCGUGCUUGCUGCCUACACCGCUCUUGGUGCUGUAGUUUUCUACUAUCUAGAAACACCUUACGAGCGGACGUUAGUUGCCGAAAGAAAGGCGAAGUUAGACAAUAGGCUGGAAAAGCUUUCCGAUCACAUCGACACAUUAGCAGAUAAUGAGACAGUAGAGGAGCUGGCGGAACAAAUCAAGGCUGCCUACAUUGAGAUGCUUGAUGUCGAAGGAACCUACAAAUGGUCUAUAUUCUACAGAUCUUCUGAUCCAGAGAACAAUUACAAAUGGACUUACGCUAGUAGUUUCUUCUUCGCUAUGAAUGUCUACACUACCACGGGUUAUGGCUCGAUAGCACCCGAAACACUAGCUGGACAAUGGUUUGUCAUCAUAUACGGUUUUAUCUUCGUACCAGUCACAUUAGUGGUGGUCCGUGAUCUGGGACAAUGGCUCCUGCUUGCCAUUACGAAGCUCUACGCUAAAGUACUACUCAAAUACAGGUAUGUAUAG